AUGCACCUCCACAUCGCCAUCUUCGACCUCGACGUCCCCGUUCCAACCGUCUACACCACACGAGGCCUCUACAGCUCGCAAUUCACCCGUCUCCUCGCUGCCGCCGCAGCACGUCUCUCCCAGUCGCAAUCCUUGGCCCCGGGUAAAGAAAUAACAAUACGAACCUCGUCCUACGAUGUCAUCGGGGGGAUCUUCCCCCCAGCGCAUCUCCUCCAGCGCUCUCCACCAGGCGCGGGAGGAAAGGAACGCAUAGACGGCAUCCUCCUUACCGGCUCCUCCGCCUCAGUCUACCGCGCAGACUUGCAUCCGUGGAUAUCCUCGCUGCGGACGUUUCUAGCUGAGGUAUAUGUCAACUACCCGCACAUCAAACUCUUCGGCUCGUGUUUCGGGCAUCAGAUGCUCGCGCAGACGCUUGUCCCGGGGUGUGUGGUUGAGGCGUGUCCGGGGGGUUAUGAGAUUGGGGUGCAUGCUAUUGCGCUAGAGGAGGAGUUUGCGGCGAAGCUGGGGUGUUCUUCACUAUCGUCCCUGACGUCAGCACCAGUGGCAGAGAGGAAGAAGGAGAUGAGGCUGCAGUUUAUCCAUGGGGAUUGGGUUGUAUGUGAGGCGGGGCUGCCGGAUGACUGGGUGAAUCUUGGGUCAACGCCGCGGUGUCCUAUCCAGGGACUGUAUCGUCGCGGACGGGUGUUGACCUUUCAGGGGCACUUUGAGUUCGAUGUGUUUGUGAAUAGAGAGACAUGCCUCGAGUUUGGGAGAAGGUGGGGGUGGGAUGGGCAGAUGGUAGAAAGGUAUUUGAAGGCGAUUGAGGCGGGUGAUGGGCAGGAUGAUGCAGAGGUUGCGGCGGAGAUGGUGGUUUGGUUCUUUGCUGGCGAGGAUGUGAGAGCUCCUCCCGAUGGUGUUGAUGAUAAGGAGGUGAACAUGAUAGAAGGAGGAGGGCUGUUGACGCCUCCGUUGGAGUAG